UCAAUGAUUGACACAAAAGAUGAAAUCAUGGCUGAAAUUAGGUUAGCAAUAAGAGAAGUUACUGCGUUGGUAUCUUCACAAAAAAAUGAUAAGGCUUUCCAUCUACAGGAAGAAUGUGAACUUAAUGAAGGGUUUGGAGAACCAACUCAUGUGGCUGGUCAGACACAAGAUGUAAUCGCUCCAUUCGUUCCCUUAUUCAGCAUAGUUAUGAACAUACAUGACCAGAUGUUAUCAAUCUAUGAAAAUGCAACAUGUAAUGAAAAAAUAUGCUCUGCUUUAUUAGAUCGUGUUGAAUUUGUGCAUACUAAGAUUAAGAAAUUUGCUAAAGUAGCUGCACAAAUGACAUCUUUUCGAAAGUUUAUGUCUGCUAAAGCUGUUAAAGAUGCUUGUGAAAAAUUAUCAAAGAAUUUGAAGGGGUUUUUAUCACUUUAG